CCCGCCUUCCACUUCUCCUUCGGCCAACCCAAGCCGAAGACCACGCUAGCCGGGGCUCGCGCCGGAAGGAAGCGACGACGCGCGAGUCCCGGCGAGGUUAUAAAAAGAGAGGGGGUGCCUGACGGCGGGCGGAAGUGGGCGUUUUGGCUCUGCGGCUGAGCUUUCCUUGGUUCCCUGCUCUCGGGAUUGCGGGAGCCACCCGAGCCCUCGGUGACAGGGCCUCCUUCGUCCUCUCCCUUGUCCUCGACCGACCCUAGCGACGGACAAGAGCGGGUCGAGCAUGGCGCGGGCGGCCAUCUCUGAGGUAUCCGAGUACUUGAGCCAGAAUCCGCGGGUGGCCGCCUGGGUGGAGACUCUGCGCAGCGACGGGGAGACGGACAAGCACUGGCGCCACCGACGCGAGUUUCUGCUUCGCAAUGCCGGAGAUCUGGCCCCCACCGCCACCACAGAAGCAGCCUCGGUGGAGUGCGGGGAUCGCCGGCGCCAGCUGCAGCAGCUCGUCUCAUCCUCCAUGGCCUGGGCCAAUCAUAUUUUCUUGGGGUGCCGGUAUCCACCAAAAGUUAUGGAUAAAAUACUUAGUAUGGCUGAAGGCAUCAAAGUGACAGAUGCUCCAAUCCAUACAACAAGAGAUGAACUGGUUGCCAAGGUGAAGAAAAGAGGGAUAUCGAGUAGCAAUGAUGGGGUAGAAGAGCCAUGCAAAAAGCGGGCAGUUGAAGGAAAGAACAGUUCUGCUGGUGGUCAGGAUGCUUUGAAGACUUCUGGCAGAACAGAGCAGCCAUCACCAAAGCAGGAAGUCAAGGUGGGGCCAAUGCUAUCCACUAGGUCUGUGGGAAGUGGAGAGAACCUGUGUCGGAGCUCUAGCAGCAUUUUAGAAAGGGGGAGUGCUCUUUCACAAGAGGUGGCAGGAAUGAAGAGUCAGAAUAAAUCCACCAUUGAGCUGACAACUGAGAACUUGGGAUCGAAGCAGAGCACCAGCACUUCUCAAGCUGUAGCAGCUGGUCCUGAAAAAGUUUCAGAUGUAGAAACUUCAGAAAAACAUGGUACAACACUAAUUUCAUCUGUGGCAAAAUCCAAUAGUCUUGGGACCCAGCUAACUGAUUCCAAACAACAAAAUGCAUCACCUAAAAAGAGUGUUUUGGAGAGCACUUCAUCUUUGUCUUCUCAGAACAAUUCAGAGACAGAAGUGCCCCUGUUGAAUUCUCAAAGCAGGUCAGAGACAAGUGUGCCAUUGUUGGGUUCCCCAAGCAGCUCAGAAGUAGAGUUGCCUCUGUUAUCUUCCAAACCUGGUUCGGAAUUACUGCCCCUGUUAGGUUCUAAAACCACUUCAGAUGCAAGCACAUCACAAUCAACUUCCAAAACUAACUCAGAGUCAAGCAUUUCAUCAUCUGUUUCUAAGAACAGUUCCUCAACAAGUGUGCAAAUGUUAACUUCUAAAAGCACCUCUUCUUCAAGCACGUCCUCUUCAAGCACAUUAUUGCUGACUUCUAAGAGCAGCUCCCAGGUAGCUGCUACACUGUUGGCUUCUAAAAGCAGUUCCCAGACAGCUGCAUCAAUUCUAUCUUCCAAAAGUAGCUCCCAGACAAGUGGAUCACUGUUGGCUCCCAAAAGCUCCUUGACAAGUGUGUCUCAGCUAGCUUCUAAGAGUAGCUCUCAGACUAGCACAUCCCAGUUACCUUCUAAAAGCACUUCACAGUCAAAUGAGAGUUCUGUUAGGUUUUCUUGCAAAUUAACCACUGAAGAUGUAAAACAGAAGCAACCUUUUUUCAAUAGAUUGUAUAAAACCGUAGCAUGGAAGUUAGUAGCUGUUGGUGGCUUUAGUCCCAAUGUAAAUCAUGGGGAACUCUUAAACGCAUCUGUGGAGGCUCUAAAAGCAACAUUGGAUGUUUCUUUUGUUCCACUAAAAGAACUGGCAGAUCUUCCUCAAAGUAAGAGUUCUCAAGAAAGUAUUGUUUGUGAAUUGAGGUGCAAGUCUGUUUAUUUGGGUACUGGCUGUGGAAAGAGUAAGGAGAAUGCCAAAGCAGUAGCAUCAAGAGAAGCUCUGAAAUUAUUUCUCAAGAAAAAAGUGGUGGUAAAGAUAUGCAAAAGGAAAUACAGAGGAACUGAAAUAGAAGAUUUGGUGCUUCUUGAUGAAGAAUCAAGACCUACAAACUUACCUCCUGCUUUAAAACAUCCUCAGGAGCUACCAUAGCAUGUUUAAAAAGUCACUUGCAUAAAGCAUAUAUAGUGUUUUAAAACAUGAACUGAAGUUUACUUUUGUACACUAAACUAUAGGCUUUCAGACAUUUUGUAUUGCUUUCCCCCCUAGUUUUGCAGAAAACUUAUGUUCUAGUUGUCUUCACCUAGUAGCAGCAUUUGUAAAUGAGUUAUGAAUGAAUAACAAUGUGCAUUUAAAGGUAUGCCUUAACAUCAUAGCACACCAGAAUGCUGUUUUAUUUGCUAAGGAGUAUACCCUUGUCUCCUCUUUUUAAUGGUACUUUCAGUACGGUAUGCAGUUCAGUAUAUAGUCUUAAUACUUUUUGUACUGCUAAAAAUGUGGUGAAAAUGUAUUAUGAGUGUUAGCUUGCCUUUUUUUAGCAGAAAAACAAAGACAACCCCCCCCCCCCAGAUGAAAGUGAUGGGGACCACAGUAUUAUAUGGAUGUCUGAAAAUCCAAGAAAAGUGAAAUUUUAAAGAGUAUAUAUAUAGAGAGAACUCAUAAUGUUAAACAUGCCUGUAAAAGAAUGAGGGGAAAAAUAGUUUCAGAAAUUUCUAUGAAGAACUGUACACAUUUUAAAAUAUGAAGCUGUAUGAAGUACUUAAUGUUAUUUUACACUAAAAUUGUUGACUAAUUCAGCAUAAGCUUUAGCUACUCAAAUUCACUAGGUAUUAAUUUAUGUUCAAGGUAAAAUACAAUUUACUUUUUUUUUGCAGAAUGGAAAAAGGGGGUUUGUAUAUUAAGCAUAUUUGUGACUGCUACUAUAAAAACACUUUGAUUUGUUAGAUAUUAAAUGCUUUAAGCUAUUUUACCUUUUAAAGAAGUUUUGUGGUUUUUCCCAAGCCAAAAUUCCCCGGAACAAAUAGUUGGGUUUUUUUUGUUUUGUUUUGUUUUUAGGAUCAGUCACUGUAUCCACCUGAUAAUUUUCCAUAAUGUAUUCCUCUGGAUAGGCAAGAUGUAUUUUUCAAAUCUAAUUCUCGAUACUUUGAUUUUUAUUUGUAAAUAUUUUUAGAAGAGAGGAUAUUUGAGAGGAACUGAAUUAAAUGAUAGCACUAAUGAGCAUGUUAAUAUUCUCAUGAUCUAACUUAGAAUUGCAUUCGAUGGUAGUGAGUAAAUGGAAUCUUGUUAUGCCAUGAUAGCUCACUUUAUUGAGUUGAUUAAUGUUCUUUGGCUUUUUGACAGAUAUAUUAAUGUACUAGAUUAACUCUUCAAUUUCUGCAUUUGGCAUACUUACCCUAAGUUUUGAUUUCCUUUCUUAUCUUUUCCCUGGCUCCCUAAAUCUUCCUUAUCUUGCUAAGGUAUAAGGCAUAUAUAUGUUCAAUAAUAUAGAUUGGAAGAGGGAAAGGACGAUCAACCACCUUAUAAAGUGUUUUUUAUACUUUUAAAGGGAAACUACCUGAGACUAAACCAUAUAGGUCAGAGAGAAAUGUGGAAAUUAGAACUUGUAUUUCUGCAAAUCUUUAUUGCUUUCAAAAGACUUAUGACAGUAUUUGUUUGAACUAUAUAAAAAAAUCUGAGAUAGGAUUUUUUUAAAAGAAUAAAUGAAACUCACAGCUGUUGUCACUUAGUAAAGUCACAGCAGAUAAUUGAGGAACAGAGACUACCAGUCUCUUGGCUCCCAAAUAGUUGUCUUUCUCUCUGGCUGCCUUUUUAGAGUAUAUAGAAAUGUAACUAUUCUUUCUUUACACCUUAGAAAAUAUUAGCCAAAGUUAUUCUCUAAGGAUUUCAGUAUUUAAAAUCUAAUGAGGUUCUACUUCACAGAGUGACUGUAAAAAGCCACUUUUGGAUUUUUUUGUGUACUUUAGAUUUGUGAUUAUAUUAGUGUGGAUACUCCCUCCAUUGGUGCAGAUCACCACCUCUUUCAACACCUUAGUAUAGAUAGUCUUUAUGCUGUAGCUACCCUGCUGGUCUUCAGAGAAGAGAUACCUUAAUCUGUUUCUAGGUCUUUACCUCUUAAAUUUCCCUCUUGAUAUAGAAUCUGCUAGAGAACAAGCAGCUUAAAACACUAUUAAAGAAUUCAAGAUCACUGCCAUUCCACAGAAGAAAUUCAGUGGAGGUUUUACCUGUUACUUAUAAUCUAUGUUCUAAGAAUGAGUUAUUUGGAGAAGUUCCUUAAGUAUCAGUAAUAUAUACAUAAUGUGAAAAUAGUUUCCAUUGAUAUUUUAUCUCAAGUGUUCUGGGGAGGAGGAGAGAGGAUGAGAUAGUGAUUACUCAGAAGUACAAACAAGACCAUAAAGCAGAUCUUGUAAUUUCCAGAAUUAAUUUCAAAACAGGCUGAUUACAAAUGUAUGGAAGAUCCUAUUCUGAGUCGGAGUAUCCAAAUACUUUUACUUUGGGUGUGAAAUGAAAUAUAUUGAAACAUGCUAGCUCUAGGAAUUUCCUGGCUUAAAAAGCACCUUGUGAAAGCAAAGUUGCACAUGGAAUAAUGGAAAUCAUACUGUCAUUAAUAUUGGAAAUGUCAGAAAAAUACCAAAUAAUUUAUUUGAUCAAACUAAAAAGGCUGCCAAAAAACCUAAAAGGUAUGUAUGAUAAGUUAUAAGUUUAAUCUUUUUAAAACUUAACAUCAGACUCAGAUUUAUAAAGCAUUUAACUAAUUGCUUUGUGAGUAGUAAGUAGUACAAGUAUUAUCCCCAUUUUGUAGGUAGGGAAUCCGAGUCUUGGGUUGAGGCUCAAACCCAUAAUAUCCUAACUUCGUAUCUAGUCCUCUUUUCAAACAUUCAACUAGUGUUGUUCCUUCAAACUCAUCUCCUUGGGAUACUUUACUGUAGUAAUGCUUGCACUAUUAAGGACUCUUUUUGGAAUUGUUUUCAGAGCCUAUGUCUCAUUCUCAGUGGUGGCAAGUCUUCAUCCUCAGAGUGGAUUUGACUUUUGGAAAUAGUCAAGUAUCACUCAGCCAAGCCUGGUAAAUAAGGUGGGUAAUCAAGUUAGUAAUAACUUCUUAGGACAUAAGCAAGGCAUGAGACAAGGUAACAAUAUGUUCUUGUGUGGCUCAUUUGGUUGUUCCUAAGGUAGUUCUAGAACUGUUUGGUAGAAUGGCAUCACUUAGAAUCAGGUGAUGAGCUCUUUGAGAGCAGCAGAUGUCCUUUAGAUGAGCUUGGCCUCAAGCAUUACAGAUAGGGAUUAUAAUGAGUUAUUUGUUGAUUCAGUCUCCCAGGAUAAUUAAGGAACAACUUUAAUAGAUGUGUUCCUAGUAUGUUUUUAAAAAUUUAAUUUCAUAGUAACAUUUGAGAAAGGACCCACUUUUAUGUGCUUCCUCCCACUCCUACCUCCUUCCCCUAGAUUGUCUACAAUGUAGUCUAGUUUAAAUUCUAAUGUUCAUAUGUGAGUAUCUUGUUGAAAAUAGGUCCUUAGUAUAAACUUUUGUAUUGGCUCCAAAUUCUCUGCUGCCUGAGAUCAUUGCUAAGACAAUGCUACACUUUGAAUAUACACUGUUGCUUAAAAUACUGCCUUGGUUAACAUUUUGAAAAAAACAUUUAUUAUAAUUAACUAUCAAUAUUAAAAUGAGGGGAAAAUCACACGCACAAAAAACCCAUAAAAAAGCUUCGACAAAACAUCUAAUUUGCUGUCUUCUAAUUUCUGUCUACUUAUUUAGAUUGUUGUUAGUUUUUUCAUGAUGAUCAAUGUCUGUGCAUAGUGUUGCAAUGUACAUGCAUAACAUUUCUUUUCAUAAUAAAGGAUUACUAUGGUGAA